CUGGAAAUUUAUCGCCCUGAAUCAAAAUGCGGCGGUUUGCGGCUCGCAGGCGGCGCGUGAUUUCACCAGACCACCGGUUCCACCACCAAGCGACCAUCCCCUGCUCCUGAUUUGUUCGAGUCCUCUCUUUCACUUCUCAGGUUCGACAGACAAGCUCUUGCUUCUCGAGUUCGAGCAUGGUACCCUGUAAAUUCUCAGCUUAUGUAUCAGCGAAGCUUUGCGGCAUCAUCUCUAUCGAAAAUUCAAUAGAUUUUUCGCUUGAUUCUGUUGUUUCCUCAACUGGGUAUUGUAGCUUUGUUCAUGUUCGUGGCGGUCGUGUGUUUGGUUUUAUUGUUGCGUCAAUGCGGUUUCUAUUCUUGUUGUAGUGAUGGGUAGGAGAAAACAAUCCAAACCGCGCCGUUCAGUGGGUUCGAUUACUCAAGCUAAUGGAGAGUCUGAUGAGAAGGAAGUAGCUGUUGCUGAGGGUUCAGGGCAAAAGGACUUUGUAGAUAUAGAUAAGCCAUAUUAUGUCAACAUAUGUUCUACUCAUCCAGUUUCAGAACAGCAUUUGGAUAUAUCUGAAGUUGUUCUGAUGAAUUUAAGUUUAAGAGAACGUUUCUGCAGUUGCCGUUCGCUUGAUGAUGUUUUCCAGUGCCCUGAUUAUUCCUUGAGGUUUCGGGUGUGCAACGUGAGUCAGUUUGUUGAUCGGAUUAAGCUUGGCCACUGGCCGGUUCUCUCCUCUGGUGAUGUUACCCUUGAAUUGAUAGAUAAAAAGGUGUCUGACGAUGCAGAGGCUGACUCAGUGGUUUGGUCGGCGGGUUUUGACGGUCCAGGUGAAGGUGUUUCAGGUCUUGUCCAUCUUUCAAGUUUGGAGUUUUUGACAUUAAGGUUAUUGCCGGGUCUUCAGGGGCUGUCUUCUCCUAGAGUUAGAGUUGAGAUGCUUCAGAAGGCCUUUGAUUCUUGUGAUUCGCUUCUUGACAACACGAGACAAGUAUGGAAGAAGAGUAUGAUGAAUGUCAUAUUUUGGCUGCGCCCAGAGAUGAUGACAUCAGAGGUCAGAUACGGGACAAAAUUAAAUGCGACAGAAACUGAGAUGUCACAAGUGACGGAAGCUGAAACUUCUCACUCCAAUAAACAGCCAAGAUUCGAUGUUGCUGCAUUUUAUGAAGCCAUAAAGCCAUCAAAGAUGGAUGCGACGCUUGGAGAUGACAUCCCUGAUUUGCUUCCAGCCCUUAGGCCAUACCAGCGGCGUGCAGCAUAUUGGAUGGUGCAACGAGAGAAAGGAGAUCCUGUACAAUUGACAGAGGAGGAGAGCCCAUUUUCUCCUCUGUGUAUCCCUGUUGGAUUCCUCGACUCUACUUCAAAAAUGUUCUAUAACCCAUUCAGUGGGAAUAUCUCAUUGGUACCAGAGUAUUUUUCACCUCAAAUCUUGGGCGGUAUCCUGGCUGAUGAAAUGGGUCUGGGAAAAACGGUUGAGCUGCUUGCUUGCAUCUUCUCUAAUCGGAAACCAGCCAAAGAUGGAAUAUCUGAAUCUAAUAUAUCAUCAGUUCCUGAUGAGCAGAAAAUUAGCCUGAAAAGAUUGAAAAGGGAACGUGUUGAGUGCAUAUGUGGAGCUGUGAGUGAAAGUCGCAAAUACAAGGGAAUGUGGGUGCAAUGUGACAUAUGUGAUGCUUGGCAGCAUGCAGACUGUGUAGGUUAUUCCCCCAAAGGGAAAGUUAAGAAGCAUAACCAAGAUAUAGAUGGAAAAGUAUCACCAAAGAGAAGGAAAGAGGGUCCAAUGAAAAUUGAAGUUAGAGAAGGGGAAUAUACUUGCAAAAUGUGCUCCGAACUUCUACAAGUCACUGUCUCUCCCAUCCCAACGGGUGCUACUCUUAUUGUCUGUCCAGCUCCUAUAUUACCCCAGUGGCAUUCAGAGAUUACACGUCAUACGCGCUUGGGUUCCCUUGUAACAUGUGUGUAUGAAGGUGUGAGGAGUGCCUCACUCUCUGAAGCUCCUAUGGUUGACAUCAGUGAACUUGUCAAUGCUGACAUCAUUUUAACUACAUAUGAUGUGCUGAAAGAGGACUUGUCACAUGACUUCGACAGGCAUGAUGGUGAUCGGCAUGUUCUUAGAUUCCAGAAAAGGUACCCAGUCAUUCCUACUCCACUAACCAGAAUAUUCUGGUGGAGGAUUUGCUUGGAUGAGGCCCAAAUGGUAGAAAGCAAUGCAGCUGCUGCAACAGAGAUGGCGCUGAGAUUAUAUACUAAACAUCGUUGGUGUAUCACCGGAACUCCUAUACAACGCAAACUUGAUGACUUAUAUGGACUACUAAGAUUCCUUAAAGCAAGUCCUUUUGAUGUUUCAAGAUGGUGGAGCGAAGUGAUAAGAGACCCAUAUGAGAGGCAAGACACAAAGGCCAUGGACUUCACACAUAAAAUUUUCAAACAGAUUAUGUGGCGUUCAUCAAAGCUCCAUGUUGCUGAUGAGUUGCAGAUUCCACCUCAAGAGGAAUGUGUCUCUUGGCUGACGUUUUCGGCAAUCGAAGAGCAUUUCUAUAGCAGACAGCAUGAAACUUGUGUGAGUUAUGCCCGUGAAGUUAUAGAAACUUUGAAACAAGAUAUUCUCAAAAGAGGUCAAAAAUUUUCUGAUAAUCCUUUGAUCACGCACACGGAAGCCGCAAAAUUAUUGAAUUCUCUCUUGAAGUUACGUCAAGCUUGCUGCCAUCCUCAAGUAGGGAGUUCUGGUUUACGUUCUUUGCAGCAAACUCCAAUGACUAUGGAAGAAAUCCUAAUGGUUCUUGUGAAGAAGACCCAGACAGAGGGAGAAGAGGCGCUAAGAACAUUAAUUGUUGCUUUAAAUGGUCUUGCAGCAGUUGCCAUGCUUAAGCUAGAAUUUUCUCAAGCAGUAGGAUUGUACAACGAAGCAUUAAAUAUAACUAAUCAGCACUCUGAAGAUUUUCGUCUUGAUCCGUUGUUGAAUAUUCAUAUUCUUCACAAUCUAGCUGAGAUACUGCCCACGGUUAAAAGCUACGAAGGGAAAGUUCCCGCAUUAGGAAGUCUUAAAAAGGCAGUAGAUUCAGCUGAUGAUGAUCAGAAUUCUGCAAAAAGACAAAGGGUAAACGAGCCAGAGAAUUUAGGUCCUGUUCCUCAGCGGACUGCACAACAUUGUGCCUCUUGUGUUCCAGAAAAUGGUUUAAAGGAAGAUGAAGAGUGUCAAGCACUGAAAUUAGGUUGUCAGACUUUAAAAGCCAAGUAUUUAUCUGGAUUCUAUUCAAAGCUUUCUGCAGCACAGCAGGAAGGUCUGGGAAAAACGGUUGAGCUGCUUGCUUGCAUCUUCUCUAAUCGGAAACCAGCCAAAGAUGGAAUAUCUGAAUCUAAUAUAUCAUCAGUUCCUGAUGAGCAGAAAAUUAGCCUGAAAAGAUUGAAAAGGGAACGUGUUGAGUGCAUAUGUGGAGCUGUGAGUGAAAGUCGCAAAUACAAGGGAAUGUGGGUGCAAUGUGACAUAUGUGAUGCUUGGCAGCAUGCAGACUGUGUAGGUUAUUCCCCCAAAGGGAAAGUUAAGAAGCAUAACCAAGAUAUAGAUGGAAAAGUAUCACCAAAGAGAAGGAAAGAGGGUCCAAUGAAAAUUGAAAUUUGUGAUGCAUUGAGCGAUAUGGGAAAACAACAUUCAAAUUGGUGGCUGGACGCCCUUCAACUUGCUGGGCAAAACAAGGAUUUCGCCGCUGAGUUGACCAGAAAGAUUGAAGAGGCCAUCCAUGGGAACCUAAAUAAUUCAAGCUCCUCCAGAACAACUUCUCACUUCAGAACUAUACAUGGCAUGAAGUUUCAUCUCCAGACUUUUAUGGAUACGUUGGAAGGCUCCAGAAAAAGGGUGAUUGAUAGGCUUCUAGAAAUUGACCAGACAAUGGAGAAACCAAAUAUUGAGGAUAUUGAGCGGAUUACGAAUUGCAAAUAUUGCCAGAAGAAGGAUGAUGGCCCCUUAUGUCUUCACUGUGAACUAGACGAGCUAUUCCAGGAAUAUGAGGCGAGACUGUUCCGUCUUAACAGAUCUCGUAGAGGAGUAAUGGAAUCUGCAUCUGUGGAAGAGAUGGUAGAUAUGCAGAAGAAGAAAUCUGCCCUUAAUCUUUUCUUCUCGGGUUUAUCAUCGAGAAACAAGGACUUGAAUUCAUCAAAUGAUGGAGACACUGAGCCGACAAAGAGAAACUCUGGUGAUAUCGUAAUUGUUUCAAAAUCUCCAUCCGAGAUGGAAAUAGCUCUUGGAGUUAUACGAACCCAUUGUAAAACCUACUUAGACAGGGAAGGCAAGUUGACAGCCACAAAACACAUGCAAAUGCUUGAGUGGAUGCGCAAGGAAUAUGCACAUGCAAGGGCCUUGUCUAGGGCACAAGCUCAGCUCCUGCGUGCCUAUGAUGAAAUCAAGAUGGCAACCAUGAGAUUACAGCUAAGAGAAUUUGAAGAUGACACUCAGAUUUAUGCUUUGAGCCUUGAUGAGUUAGAUGCAGCUAGCGUGCAGAACACAAACGAUAAAUUUCUGGCUCUAUCAUCGUUGCUUAGUACAAAAGGAAAGUUUCGUUACUUGAAGGAGUUGAUGAAAUCCAAACAGAAACAAGAAUCUGAGAUUCCAGAUCAACAAUCCUCACUGACACCGGAAGUUAAGGUUCCAUCUUCCAUUGAACAGAAAAGCGAAGGGCUACUGAAACCUGAGGAAGCAUGCCCCAUUUGCCAUGAAAAUUUAUGGAAUCAGAAGAUGGUUUUCCAGUGUGGGCACACCACUUGCUGUAAAUGCUUCUUUGCUAUGACUGAGAGCAGAUCAGGUCAUGAUACUCAGCAGAAAUGGGUGAUGUGUCCAAUAUGUCGACAGCAUACAGAUGUGGGAAAUAUUGCUUAUGCUGAUGAUAGACGGAACAACGGAUUCAAUUCUUCCACAGAUGAAGAUUACAAAGAAGACGAAGCAUCCUUCGUAGUUCAAGGUUCAUACGGUACAAAGGUUGAAGCUGUUACUAGAAGAAUCUUGUGGAUCAAGUCUACCGACCCAGAAGCAAAGGUUCUUGUUUUCUCCAGCUGGAACGAUGUUCUCGACGUGUUAGAGCAUGCCUUUACCGGGAACGGGAUCACCUUCAUCCGAAUGAAAGGAGGCAGAAAAUCACAGACAGCCAUUAGCAAAUUCAGAGGAGAAACUCAGAACCAGAAGAGAAACCCCCAUAAGAAAGAGCCAAGAUCGAUCCAAGUUCUGUUGCUAUUGAUACAGCAUGGAGCCAAUGGCCUUAAUCUACUAGAGGCACAGCAUGUAAUUAUGGUGGAACCACUUCUAAACCCGGCGGCAGAAGCACAAGCCGUCAGCCGUGUUCAUCGGAUUGGACAAGACAAGCCUACUCUUGUUCACCGUUUCCUUGUAAAGGGCACGGUGGAGGAGAGCAUAUACAAGCUGAACACGAGUAGAAACGUGAAUUCCUCCUCCAACUCGUUCAUCAGCGGGAACACGAAGAAUCAAGAUCAACCAUUCUUGACGCUCAGAGAUCUCGAGUCAUUGUUCUCUUCAACCUCAGCACCAGACACAGGAGAUAAUUGGGACCAGACGAAUCUGAGAGAUCUGCCACCUUCCGUUGCAGCUGCCAUGGCAGCCGAAAGGAGGCUCACGGAAAAUGCUGCAGCCUCGUCAUCAACUUUGUCUUGACAAUGUACCAUCCAUAUGAGCAGAUCACACACAGUUUUAACACCCGGAAUUCGAUUCGAAUCAAAUGAUUUAUGCUGCCUCACCAAAAGCUUUGACGUGUUUGAUUAAUUCAUUACAUUUGCUCAGUUAGGUAGGAAGUACUGGACAAAAACAUUAUAUAUAUAUAUAUAUAUAUAUAUAUAUGUAUGUAAGAAUUCUAUAUCACAUAUCUAUCAAGUUCUUUUUCUUA